AAGAAAUCAAGGUACUCGCACAAAAUUUCGCCGACUAUUCAACCCCUUGAUUGGGGACACCAGAAAAUCGUUUUUACACAUUUUCCACCAUUCCGCUACCACGGGAUUCAGUCAUGGCUGGAAAAAGCAAGAUGAAAGUUUCGUCACACCUUCCCCCUUUUCCCUUUUCGCUACCAGCACGGGAUUCAGUCAUGGGACUCGACUUCCUCGCAGACGGAGGUGCCGACUUCGAGCAUGCAAUCAGCGUCACAGGUUUUGGGAAAUUCCACUACAUGUUACUUGCAAUCAGUGGACUGAUUUACAUGGACACAGCAAUUGGAGUAACAGUUAUCUCAUUCGUACUACCAGCAGCACAAUGCGACCUGGAAAUGAAUUCGACCUCAAAGGGUUUGUUAAGUGCGGCUCCAAUGUUAGGCAUGGUGAUAGGGUCCUACAUUUGGGGCUGUCUGGCUGAUACAAAAGGCCGAAAAGUCGUUCUGAUAGCAACUUUAUUAAUGGAUGGUAUCGUUGGCGUGUUAUCAUCCUUUGUUCAGUAUUUUUGGGUCUUCCUAGUUUUCCGUUUCCUAAACGGAUUUGCUGUGACGGGGGCAAUGGGUAUCGUUUUUCCCUACCUCGGUGAAUUCCAACCCACCAAACACCGUGAAAAGAUUCUCUGCUGGAUGGAGAUGUUUUGGACUGUAGGAGUAAUUGUACUACCAUUGAUCGCUUGGCUGAUAAUUCCCUUGCACUUGACAUACACAACGGAAUCGUUCUACUUUAAAUCCUGGAAUCUCUUCGUGGCUCUCUGUGCUCUGCCUUCUCUGAUGCUAGGACUAUGGCUUUUUGCUUUUCCAGAAAGUCCGAAAUUUUUACUUGAAUGUGGUGAAACUGAAGCAGCUCUCGACGUAUUUAAAUGGAUUUAUGCGCAAAACACCGGAAACGAUCCUGAUACGUAUCCGGUAAAGUCACUUCAGGAGAAGCCAACCUCGAAGGACAAGAGCACCAGGACUUUGAGAUUGCACAAGCAUAAGGAUCUUAAGGUCCUUAUUUCGGAAGUUUGGGAUCUGACAAAACAACUCUGCAAGCCACCAUAUCUUCGAAAUACUCUGUUGGCGUGUGGCAUUCAAUUUGGUCUCACUAGUAGCUAUUAUACUCUCAUGGUUUGGUUUCCCGAAUUAUUUACCAGGUUUGAAGAAUUUGAGGAAUUACAUCCUGGAAAAAGUACGUCAGUAUGCAUUGUUUCUGCUUCUCCUGUUAACUCGACGAAUGUGGAUCUCUUCGGUUGUGAAACAUCAAUUGCACCUUCCGUUUAUCUUCACACGGUAUACAUUGGUCUUGCUUGUGUGCCAGGAUCGAUUAUUCUUCCACUUUUCGUCCACAAAUUAGGCGCUAAAUUUUUCCUCAUUUUAUCACUGGUAGUUUCUGGAGGUGUUACUGUUGGUUUCUACUUCGUAACUAAUGCAACGCAAAAUUUAAUUUUGUCCUGUGUUUUUGAAGCAUUGACUUCUCUUGGAAUAUCAUUGGUUUACUGUGUGAUUGUAGACAUGUUUCCAACUAAUCUCAGGGUAAUGGCAGCGGCAUUGUCACUCACUAUGGGCAGAUUAGGAGCUUUAGUGGGUAAUCUCGUUUUUGGUUACCUAAUCGAUCUAGCAUGCGUUGUUCCUGUAGUUCUCUUCGCUGCCUUUUUAUUCUGUUGUGGCCUCCUGUCCUUCUUCCUGCCAAAGACAGGUAAGGAGACUCUAGAUUGAUGACUCCCACAAGCGAUCCAGAAAUUUUCGAGUCUUCUACUAUUUUGAUCUUAAAUCCGAAAGCAGGAUUUUGAAUCCCAGUCCUGAACCUAAAAAAAAGUCUCGCAAUCAAUCUACCUUUAUCAACCAAAGAAAAAAAUUGUAAUGAACUUUCCCAUCGAAUGGAGGAAGAUCAUCAACAAAUGAUUCCUCAUUUCAGUCAAGGCUAAUUCUUUUUAGCUAAACGCUUAAGUACAAAUACCAUAAGUCGUGAAUUAUUUAUGAAAUUUGUGAAAAAAUCCACCCCUCAAUUUGGAAAAUGUAUUCGAUAAAAUCUUAUACCAAAAAUGUAAAUGAAAUGAGAUUGAAUGUGAUGUCACAGCUGUGACUUGAAAUCUAUCAGCAUUUCUAGCGAAACUCUAAUUUAUCAAAAAACACAAUCGUCUUUCUAUGGAUCUUUUACUUAUUUAUGAUCUAGGCUAGGUUAUUUGAUUUUUUAUAGAAAUUAGAUACAUGUUCGCGACCAACUGUCUUAGGUAAGAAUUCGCCCGGAACUAGAAUUUCCUCGAUAGAACCUUCAUUCAUGAUGAGAAAUAAUAAUUUAAUUUUUCUAUCGAAGACAUCAAUGAAAGUAGAUUCUUUAGCCAAUAAGCGAACCACAAGGUCGAAAUAUUACUUGGAAAUGGCUAUACAAUAUGUUUUCUUUAACGCCAUUUGCCAAGUCAUCAUAAUAUAUAGAUAAUUGAAAAAAAAUAUCAUUCACUGUGUACCUAUUUAUAUCUAUAAGUGUACAUAAUAAUAUAGGUACUCACGCAUAAAAAAAUAGGGAUAAAAUUAUGACCUAUAAAAAUUGGUAUAAUCAGCCAAUAUAUAUUUAUUUGUUAUCGUAUCGUUUUGUAAAAGUAGUGACGAAUUGUGUUAUAUUCAUUGUCAGAAAGAUCUUCUAUAAUUUUUUGAUUUAUUUAAUUGAUGAAGAAUUGAAGGAAAAAUGUACAGUAGUGUAGAAAAAGAGUAGGUCAAGUGAAAAUGCUUGAAAGUUUACUUAUUAUUUAAUUUAGUGCAUCUACCAAAUUGUACAUAGUAUCAAAUACAUUAUUGUUAUUUUUCGAAUAAAUGUUAACCUUGACUAGA